CGAAACUCAUUCGCUACGCGUUCGUCUAACACGUGCGACCACUGUUCUUCGCGCAGUGACCGUUGUGCGCGCGGCGUCUUUGGCUUCUCCACUCUCGUUCGGCACGCACACUCCAAAGGGGUCUCUUCACACGUCCGCUUGACCGGGAAUCCUUUAAUAUCAGACCGAUCGUCAUGGCAGAGGAAUAUCUCUACGGAAUCACCCUCGAAGGAGCCAACUCCAGCGAGGUAUGGGACCCAGAGCACAAGAACGACGACGCAGACGGCACGAACCAACAUUUCGGAGCCGAUCAAAAGCUUAUUAUCAAAAUGGCUCUUUUAGGACCAGAGGCUAAACCUGGAGAGCUCAAUGUGCUACAGGUGGAAGCAAUGGGCCUGAAGGGACCCAUUAAAACACCAAUUGCUUUGCUGGAAAUGGGAAAAACAGCACAGAUUAUUUUGGAUCUCAGUUUUCCCGAUCCACCAGUCACGUUCACUUUGGUUAAUGGCAGUGGUCCUGUUCACAUAGUAGGCCAUAAUCUUCUUGGUACACAUAUGGAGGAGUUUGACGAUAUGGAUGAUGAGAUGGAGGAGGAGAACAUAGACGAUGACGAUGAUGAUAAGGAACCCGAAGACGACGAAGACGAUGAAGAUGAACCUAAAAAGAAGAAUGCCAAAUUAACAACUGCAGCCAAAUACAAAAACCAAGCUAAUAAGAACAAGAAAAAAUAAGCCGCGAGCCUUAAUAUUAUGGAAAUACAACAAACUUUUAAGUUAGGCUAAUAAGCGUAAGUCCAUCAUUAUCAUCCGCAUUUAUGCGAAUCUAGUAUCGUUUCAUCAGAUUUAUCAGACGACAAACAUUGCCUUCCACGUUUCUGCGACACAACUGGACCAACGGACGUAAUUAGUAUGAUGCUUGUCAGAACUUUAGCGGAACAAUAUCAGGUUUUUAAUAGUUCGCGGACAGUACAUUUUAUUGAAUAAAGCAUAGCCUUUAACCAAGGGACAUGAAGACGAGAAACCGUUAGUCGCCCAUUCACUUAACAAUUAUCCGCAAGAAUCGUACAGUCGAAUAGCUCUCUGAACGCCUUAGAGGAAUGACCUUUAAAACGCAUUAGACGAGUUCUAUGGGAUAUUAAAAGAAUGUCGAUCAAAAAUUAUUUUCUUGACUAAAUUGUACGAAGUUGGAAGUUCAAAGGGCAUUCCUCUGAGCGCGCUGAUCGCACACAGUAGCUUGGUCCAUCUUGUCGUAACGAGAUUCGAUCAGAAAGAAAUAUAAAGCCUCGUGUGAUACAGACCCUCGCGGUGACGCUAUCAAAAAUUUAUUGCUAUUACCAAAUAACGCAGAUGUAAAACUUUGCUUAGAAAGACUGUAGAGAAGACAGCAGUACUUGUAAGUAAUUUUUCAAUCGCGUUACAUGGAAGCAAUAGCAAUUGUUCGAUCACGUUUCAAAGGGUCUUAUUGUACUUCAAGGGAAGAGGGAAAAAGAGAUCUGAAGAACGCGGAAUUUAAGUUUACACGAUAAAAACAAGAGGAACAUUUGGCCCAGUUGUUGUUAAUCAAAUCAGUGGAAAGCAUGAACCGGAAGUACAGCGAGGUGUAAUCAUACUGUUUUCUUUUUUCGACUUUUUUUUUGUCCGAUACCGUGUUCACACAGCGAAGCACUUCCAGUGAUAACGCGGAGGUACCCUAUUUCUAAUGUAGCCAUGUAAACGCGCGACUCAGAAAAGGAAUUAAUAACUAACGCCCUCGAGAAAACCAGAACAAAAUGUAAUAUCAAAGUUGCGAAGAUAACGUUCCAGUGUAAUUUAUUAUUUUCGUGUGUACAAGAUGGGGGGUGGGGAGGGAAGGGUAAAUAGUCACGGAAGCCCUUGCACCAAGUGUGUUAUUGAUGAUUGCGAACGAGAGGGGUACAAUGAUAAUAAGGUUUCAGAAUUUCAAUGAAAAGAACGAAACAUAUUUACGCGUCAUGUCUCGACAUUCAUUCCAUUUCGAUGAAAGAUUACAGAAGAAGGGGGUGUUACAGGUGUACUACACAAUGUGAUGCUCUUUACAUCAGUGUUAUAUGCGAUAAAUGCAUAUGUAACGCGUGUGCAAAACACACACACGCCCGUACGAUUGAUAAGUAGUCUGUACACCUAUUUUGUACAUAUACGAUACAAUAAAAAAUUUCACAACUUUUAAUCAGUA